CGUGACUCUUCUCCUUUUUUCAACGUCUUCGGCCUAUCUUUCACCUUUUCCAGGCGGUGAAAACAGCACGAGAAGCCAACAUCGGACGGUCAAACUCGAUAGGGAGAAGGAAAACAACACUCUUGGCUCGUUUUGAGGCUUAAAAGAUUCAAGUCGAUGGAUAGAAAAAUGGCGCAGAAGAGCGGGACAAGCAGCGCUUGGUUGAUGAGAGAAGAAGAAGACGGCAUAGAGGAAGAAGACGUGGAAGGAUGCGGUGAUGAUGGGAUGAGAAGGAGAGAGAGGCCGAAGGAGCCAUGGAAGGGGAAGAUCGUGAAGAGCAUUGUGUACGCCGGUCUCGACGCCAUCGUCACUUGCUUCUCUCUCAUCUCCGCCAUCUCCGCCGGCCGCCUUUCCUCCGGAGAUGUGCUGGUGUUGGGUUUUGCCAACCUGGUCGCGGAUGGGAUAUCGAUGGGAUGUGGCGACUACCUAUCCACCAGCACCGAGCAGGAUGUCGCCGCCAAGGAGAGAGCCGUGGCCGAGUGGGAUGUUGCAAACAGAAGCCGGCCUGAGCAGGUGGACCUCCUCUGCAAGUAUCAAAGGCUUGGCAUGUCUGCUGAGGAUGCCGCGACGGAUUCUAGUGCAAUUGUUGUCGGUUCUUCAUUGACGAGACUUGCAUUUGACCAGGUCGUGAAUAUAUUCUCGCAAUACAAGGACAUAAUGGUGGACGAGAAGAUGAUGGCUCAAAAGGGGAUGCUUCCGCCCGAUAAAGAGGAGAAGCCAAGGAAGAAUGGGCUUGUGACCUUCGUCUCCUUCGUCGUGUUUGGAAGCGCCCCUCUUCUCUCAUUCAUAAUCCUCAUACCAUUCACCAACAGCAACACCGUCAAGUUCAUAGGGGCUUGCAUGCUUUCUGGUCUCGCGCUCGUUCUACUGGGAAUAGCGAAGGCCAACAUUGCUGGUCAUUGCUGGUCAAAACUACGCCCUGUCCGCCUUUGUUACCGUCUUAAACGGUGCCACAGCCGCUGCAGCUGCUUAUGCACUCGGUUGGACGCUACGAAAUGUAGCCGAAGGCUUAGACGAAUGACGAAGAUGUUUUUUGAGUAAUGGGGCAGAAGAAAGAGUAGGACUUUUUGGCUGGUCGUUUUGAUGUUUGAAAAUGGGGAGACUAUAAU